AUGGGGACGGCGUUGGAUACGCUGGCCACUCAGCCAUUGGUGAAUCGACGACCUGCAGCUCCCACCCUGCCGAGUUUUGAGUUGCCGCCGCCACAGUUUGGAUUGCCCGGAGCUGCCCCUACUAAAUUUUCGACUCUUCCAAAUCACCCCCCAGUAUCACACCCACCCGCCAACGUGAGCGUGGGGAAUUUGCUGACACCACCCGCGACAAAUCAGUCGGGAGAGACUAUCCACUCGUCGCACCACUUGGCAUCUGCGGGAGCUUCCGAGCUGCCCCCAACAUAUUGGCCAGGCAAUAGUCCGUACGGCGCCCCAGGUUCGGGAUCCGCGACCCAGGCUUGGGCUUCUGGGGUACACGCAGCCUACCAGGGACGCCCGGCCUUUUCUCCGGGGACUGUAGGCCGUCACAACGUGACAUCUCCCCCGGCGACAGACGGGCUACCCCAGCCAUUCGAAGCACCGUCAUUAGCUUCAUUCCAACAAGGCUUGCCCGCACCACCAUCUAGUGUUCCGCCCCACGUUUCACACCCGGCCACUAUGGCCUUAUAUUCAUCGACACACGCCACAUCUCCCGCACCGUUGCCUUCAAAUGACCCUUACGCACCAAAACAUCCUUCGCUAUAUGGCGCCCCACCACAUCUGAGCCCUCACCAAACUGGAUUUUCUCCCAUCUACCCUUCUCCGUCCCUGGGAGGCGGAGGACUUGGGAUGAACCACUCCGGAAGAAUGCCCGCCCAAAGUCCGACAGGCCAACCGCACCUGGGAUAUCCUCCUCGCCAGCCCUGGCCGUCGUACUCCCUUCCCGCGAUGAACGGACCCGUGAUGACCAACGUCCACAGCCCAAAUAGUCCGAUGGCUAUGAUGGGUGGUAUGCAGCCAGGAUUCCUAUCUGGAUUUAACAGCGGUCAUGUGGCGAACACCCAGCAUCUCUAUGGAGGCCACCCCCCGCCCCACGGUCUUCCCGCACCAGCCCCGGAUCGUCCAUUCAAGUGCGAUCAAUGUCCGCAGAGCUUCAACCGCAACCAUGAUCUCAAGCGACACAAGCGAAUUCAUUUGGCGGUAAAACCAUUCCCUUGUGCCCACUGUGACAAGAGCUUUUCACGGAAAGAUGCGCUCAAGCGACAUAUUCUGGUCAAGGGCUGCGGCAAGGAUGGUGAUUCUGACGGAAACAACCAAACCGGGGACACCAUCAAAGGCGAACGAAGUGAGGACGGCAGUCCCACGCUCAACGGACGAGUUUAA